AUGGCUAAAAGAGCCGAGACAGAAUGGAAAGUCUCACUGAGAGACUUUACAGGGCCUGAAGCCACAUGGCAGGCCACAGAAGAGGCCAAAGCGAUAUUCGAACGGAUCAAGGCGCAUAAGAGUAUAUUCCUGGCACUUGGAACAAGGUGGCUGAUGGGUUAUCUUGUCACGGAUCCUCCGGCCUCGGGUCAGAACACUUCGCCGCUUGCCAAUCUGCUGUCACCGGACGAGUUGAAUACCUUGCAACGUCUUUUGAACAAGAUAAACCCAAACUCCUCUGAUCGGAACGCUCCACCUGCUGGAGACUACGAUCCCAUUCGGGACACUCCAUCUCGUCGACCGAGACGUGGUCGAGUCGAUAGGAUUGGCCUUACGGCGUCCGACGUUCCAGAUUCGAGUGCAAUGGAAACGUCUUCGUUGGAUGAGGAUUCGUCUUCGGAUUAUUUGCCUGAAGCAGAUCCUGACUGGACAAGACGUGUUAGUGGAGAUACUACAGAGAAUUCGCCUCCGCCAACUAACUGCAAUAUUUCACGAUUAAUGAUAUUGAAGACGCUCAGUAUUCAGCAUAUGCCCUUUGAAAUUGAGGUGGUGACUUGA